GGUUUUUAACCUUAAAUUCUGGAUAGAGAUAAGCUGUGGAAUAUACCAUCCAUUGAUUCCGUUGAAUCAGUUUAUUAUUACGACUACUGCACUAUCACCUUAGGGCAUGUAGCAGAUAAAAUACAACUCAACUCGUGAUAUGUAAACAAAUUAAUUACAAUACAAAACAAAUCAAGAAAAGUUGAAUGACAAGGAUGUGCAUUGAAAAAAGUUUGAAAUGCUCAGCAAUCCAUAUUUAUUCUGACAAUUAUGGUCAGAGAAACUUUAAAAAAAAUUAUUUGGAGCACUCUGUUUUGAAUGAAAUUUAAGGAAAUGGUGUAACAAAUCUAUUUUAGCUAUGCAAAAUGCCUGAAUUUUUAUUUCAAACUUUUGUGAAUCUUUACGGGUAUAUUAGAGUAAAACAUGAAUCAUUGCUACCCUCAUAUAUUUAUUAGCUUAAAUGUUUUAUUUGUUUCCGUGGCUGGCAUUUAUUAAAAAAGACUCUUAAAAUUUCGUAUCUAAUUUUGUAAAUAGCUGUAACGAUCAUUUUAUGAUAAGCUGGUUUCCUUCUAGUUGUUUACAUCAUUCGACAUUUGUUUAAUUUGCUCUUUAUUAUUAUUGUAGAAUUGGCAUGAAAAUUCAUAUGAAAUAUACUGCUCUAACUAAAUUCCUAUUAAAUCUAUACAUGAAUAUGUUGAUAUUUGAUUUGGAUAACAAAUUGUUAACUCUAAGCUUUUCUGAUUCGUAUUUCACUAGAUAAACAAUAUGUUAAGCUGACAAACGUAAUUUUAAGUAUUAAUUCUAGUCCUUUGAAUCAUAAUAAUGAAUGUUUUGACAGAUAUCUUAUGUGAUACAGCAUCAUUGUUGGCCUCUCAAAAUUAUAAGGUUACUUCAGAAAAUAAGUUAAUGUCUUCGCAAGAAAUGUUUGGAAGGUCAGGACCUUUAAAUAUUCUGGAUUCUACUUCUGAAAUGCCUUCUAUUGAGAGAUCUAUGCCACCCAUUAAUACUCAUUCUAGUCCAUCUAGUAUUGGUUUAUUUAAUUCAGCAAGUCAAAUUCAUAUUGCUCAGACAAUGGAUGCCGAUUUUGAUGAUAGAAGUGAAUCCAUUUUUUCAGAUCCAUUUGCUGAAAUUGUACCAUCUUGGCUUACUCAUGAUUUUAUGAAAGUUUCUGAUAACUUGCCAUCCCCUAGUAUCUUGUCAAAUGUAUCAGAUAUUUAUUCAUCGGCACAAGAAGAUGAGCAUCUUGAAAUGCUAGAUUUAGGAUUUACUUCUGAUUUAAGCACUCAUGAUUUGGCAGGCAAUGAUUUAAACAGGAACUGCAUCGAUGAUAGUCAAAAACUUCUUGCAGAAUUGCCUAUGCAGAGAUUUUCUGGUCAUGAACCUAUGUUACUUUCAUCAUUAAAUGAUAUUAAUGUCUCACAUUUGCACGUACCAGUAAAAAAUAAUAUAAGUUUUGAAAAAUAUAAGCAUUCUUCUGAAAUCAGCAACACAUCCAAUCUCAUGAGCACUGUAUUAAAUUGUGAAAACGAUAUAGUUCAUCUUCCACUUCAUCCAAAUAUAGCAUCCCAGUGCCUUACAACUACAUCUAGUCCAACUUUAAUGCACAGUAGUCAAAGUCAUCAUAACUCAGUAACUUCUGUCUGUGAUAAGUUGCCUCAAAUAAAUCUCAAUCUUAAUUCUCUUAUUGGCAAUGAUAUAUCAGAUAUGCAACUAUUGCAUCAAGAAUUUCCUACCGUAAAUUUAUCCCAAGCAGCAUUAAACCAUUCAAAUCAACAUUUGAGCAACUGUAUUUCCAAUAACAUUGCAGUCACCCGAACUAACAACUCAUUGAUUAAUAAGAGUAGUCUAGCUUUGCCUAAAUCUAAGGAUGCUUCUGUACAAGUUACAGUUGAAAGUACGGUUGAGUCAAGAAAUUGUAUUUCUUGUUGCAAAGUUGGUUCAGAGGCAUCUAUUGAGCUAACUCAGUGUUAUAAAUGCAAAUUUUGUGAUUUCAUAAGCAUUCACAAAUGCAAUGUGCAAAGUCAUAUAAAUGCUGUUCAUUCCACACCAUUUUCUGUUGCAAAUGGGGCCAAUUUAGAUCUGACAUCGAAUGUCAUUAACCCACCUUUAUGUACUACUAAUACAACUGAAAGCAGCUAUUUGAAUUCAAAUGGUAUUGUCAGUUCAGCUGAUAUUGUAUCACUGAAUAGUCAUUUAAGUAAUUCUUUAUUAUCAUCCCAAAGUACUUAUGUACCGAGUGAUAAUCCAGUCAUGUCUAAGUCAAAUUUUGUAUCUGGUCAAAAUGUAAAUACUACUCCUGUACAGUUGAGUAUUAAUGAAAGUGUUCCUGUUAGUUAUCAGUUGAUUCCCAUUAGUGGAGUUGUUAUAAGUUCUGGUAAGGAUGAAAGUAACAGUGUAGCUGUCAAUGGCAAUUCUCAGUUUCUAUCUGAAAAGUUUAGCAAUAAUUUGAAUUCAAAACAUAGACCUAUACUGAAAAAACCUGAAGAAUUACCUAAAAAGCCUUCUGAGCCUAAGAAAAUAUCUCCCAAAUCAAACAAAGAUGAAUCUGCUUCUGAAAAGUCAAUCUCUGCCCAAAAGAAAGGAUGGCAAAAGAAAAUUAGAAGAGAAUUGGGCUCCUACAUAUGUGAAUUUAAAGGUUGUAAUGUGCGAUUCAAAGCUCUUGAUAAUUUGGAAUAUCAUCGAAAAUGUCAUGUAUCAGGAGGUAAUUCCUUUGCCUGCCCAGAGUGUGGCAUAGCUUUCAAUCAGUGGAGCUCUAUUGCUGGUCAUUUAUGGAGAAAUCAUUCCAACGAUAUGGAAUUGCAUGCUUGUGAUGUGUGUUCAUUCAGGACUUACAGCUUAAGUAGAUUAGAGAAUUAUCACAAGAAAACUCACCUUGAUGAAUGUCUAUUUUUAUGCGACACUUGUGGCAAAAAAUUCAAAAAUAGAAAGCAGCUGCGGAAUCAUAGGGUUACUCAUAAUAAAAAUAAGAAAAAAGCUAUGACUCAAAAGAUUUUUAAGUGCAAAAUCUGUCUGAGCAGUUUUUCUUCGAAAAGCCUACUUCUUUCUCAUCAGGAUCUUGUCCAUAAUCUGAAGCGCAAGAAUUUCCAGUGUAGCUAUUGUGAGUUCUCAACAUUUAAAAAGGCCAAUAUGGAUAUGCAUGUCAGGCAACAUACUGGUGAAAAGCCUUUUCAAUGUGAUAAAUGUGAAUACAAAACAUCCGAUCACAAUUCUCUCAGGCGUCACAAAAUGAUUCAUUCUGGAGAAAAAUGUUAUAAGUGUCCUUUUUGUGCCUAUUCGUCUAUACAGGCUAGUACUUACAAAGAUCAUUUAAAACGAAAACAUCCAGGACAAGAUUUGAUUUAUUCUUGUAAGCUGUGCCCUUUCCAAACAGUGAAGUCUGAAACAUUCAAUAAACAUGUGGAAGAACAUGAAAGCAUCAGCAAACACAAACAUCUCCACCAAAUGAACGAAUUUACUUCAUCUGAGGAAAUGUUACCUCUCGUUGAGGCUAUGGGAAUACGACUUACUAAUGGUGAUAGUCUAACUUAUUUAAAUAACAGUGGAACCAACCAGUCAUUUGUAAAUAAUAUUAAUAUGAAUAUGUUACAUUUAUGCCAAGGGAAUUCUGUUUAAAGUGUUCUGCUGGAGAAAAAAAAAUUGUUUUUACUUUUUGGAAUUUGUGAAUGACUUUUUUGAAUCGAACAAAGGUUUUAACAAUAUUUUAUUUAAAUAAAAAGAAAAUGUAAUGA